GUGAAGCACACCAGUGCUUCACAAAGUUUGAGGAAACAUGAACGCUUACAGUUUUCUUUUUACUUUGUUCUUGUCUCUUGAAAGUCAAGUUUUUUCAGAUGAAGAUUUUUACCAAGUCAAAGCAUGUUGUUCAUUCAGUGGUCCAAACUUCGACAAGAUUGAAUACAUACUUACAUCCAGUUUUAACAAGCAAAAGAUGAUGGAGUACAACAGUACAAGAGGAAAGUGGAUUGGAUUCACAGAUUAUUCAAUUGUGGCUUCACAUUACUGGAACAUAGACCCUAAUGAUACGAUUCUAAGAUUAGUGGAAAUGACACUGAUGUGUUAUGAGAACAUCAAUUUUAUUCAAACCGUCGGAAACCUGUCAACAACGCCCACCAUGAGGAUAAAAUCAGUGAAACAGCCCGAUGGUCGACAUCGAGCCAUGCUUGUGUGCAGUGCCUAUAACUUUUACCCAAAGCAAAUCCAAAUAACCUGGCUGCGAAAUGACCAAGAAGUGACUGAAGGGGUCAGUAACACCGAUGUCAUCCCAGAUGGAGAAUUGUACUACCAGUUUCAUUCUUACCUUGAGUACACACCAACUUCAGGAGAAAGAAUCAGCUGCAUGGUUGAACACGUCACCCUGUGGGAGCCAAGAAUCAUUGUUUGGAACAACUCACUUCCUGAAGGAGAAAAAACUAAGAUUGUUGUUGGACUGUGUGGACUGAUCUUUGGUUUGGUUAUCUUUCUUUCUGGAUUUAUUUACUACAAGAAAAAAUGUGCUGUAUAUAACUCUGUCCACUACAGUGAGGAGAUGUAAUCAUCUAAGAAAAUUUAAACUACAUAAAAAUCUCCUGCUUCCUUCCUCCGCUAACAAAUGUGACUACAGGAAGUUAAUUGCUCUCUCUAAAUUGUCAUUAGGUAUAAAUAUGUGUUCAUGGUUGCGUUACCAGUGUGCUUUGGUGUUAUUGACUGCUGACCUGUCCAUCACAGGUGCCUCUCAGUAGCAAUAGCCACCCCAUCACUGGGACUCUGCAUGGAAAUUUGGGGAUGGUUAACUUACAAUUAUCUAAAAAAGUAAGAAAAAAUUCUUCAUGUGUCCUUACCGUAAUUAUAAAGGAAUUAUAAAGGAAGCUCUGUAAUAAGUACAAUUGUGAACAUGCAAUAAAUAGUAGAAAUUUCUUCAUUUUGUAUUCAAUA